AUGUCCGGUCUGUCGUUUCGGGCCUAUAUUAAAAGAAUUUGGAAAGCACUGGAGCUGGUGGCCAUUCUGCUAUACGUCCUGGGAAUGGCACUGCAUUUAAUGCUUGUGUUCGAAACCGGUGGUCGAUUCAAUGCCAUGCCAAUUGACCCGGUGAACACGGUUCAGCAAACAUUGCUACGCAUGGCCGAUGUGUUUUACGGAUUAUCACUGUUUCUCUUCUUCUAUCGCCUGCUUGAAGCUUUCACGGCGGAUAUAAGUAUCGGGCCUUUAGUGAUCAUGGUUCAGACUAUGCUGGUCAAAGAUCUGCUACCAUUUCUGGCUUUGUUCAUAGUGUCACUGGUUAGCUUCUCCAUAUUACAAUGGAUUGUCGCGUUCAAAAACACCGCCAGUCCGUUCGCUCUGAUCAAUUUGCGGACUCUGUUCGAUGCAUUGCAAAUGGCUUAUUUCCAAAUUUUUGGCGAAUACAGUCUGGACUCACUGACUGGCAGUGGUGAAAAAUCUUUCCGGGACCAACCGUCAAGAGAAAGACAGUUGAAGCACUGGGAACGUUUGCGUUUUUGGGACUAUCAGCGUUACGUGCUUUUCGGUCGAAGUCGACGGAAAAAUCAGACCACAAAAGCUGUCAGUGUAAGAACUAUGGUACUGUCCGGUCAAGGUGGAUCGAUGAACGCUCAGUUGGCUUCAAACAUCCAAAGUUUCCAACAAUCAGCCACGGAAAAUAUUCAGGCAAUUUUAUCUAAAACCAGUCGAGUGGAGGAAGUUGAACGGAAAACUGAUCAACUGCUCAAAAUGUUCAAGGGCCUUCAAGAUGAGGUAAUUUUGUGA